AUGUGCGCCUCUCCGGGGACCCUCUUGCUGGGCUUGCUGGGCUUGUUGGGCCUUACCCGGUCCUGGACUCCUUGUUUCUUUGCCGGGCUGGUCCCUUCGUGCCGGGUGGGUGGUUCUGUUGCGUUGCUUCUUUUUGCUUCUGAUGCCUCUGCUGCGGCUCCUCCUAUUGCUGCUUGCCGGCCGGCGCUGGCGUUGGCGUUUCCCGCUGGCUGGCAGCCUGAAGAACCGAGUCUCCAAGGGAACCUCAGCUCAGCGCCCACCGGCUUGGCUGCCCCCAAACUUCGGGCUCUUCUCCUAUGGCAUGCAUGGUCUCGCCGUCGCUGGAUUCGCCGGCUCUGGAGUCUCUCACCCCGUCAGUCUCGCUUGAGCCGCCCACGUUCCGGGCCCGCUGUGGAGGCAGGGGAAGACCACAGGGAAAAGCCUCGACCGGGCUGGUCUCCCAAGCCCUCGUAUUGGCCAUCGUCAUCCCUUCAGAACGGAGAAGCCAAGAUUGACAGAGUGUCGGAGAGAGCAGAAGCCGGCGGAUGGGCCAAGCUAUCCCCGAUCGAUAGGGCUCCCAGAGGGUCCCACGACAAAUAUGUCAUCUCUUGCGCCUAAAUAUGGACAGGCCCUUUCGAGGCCCUGGACUCAAUAUGCCUUUGGGGGCCGGGAUCUGCGACGGCUUCCCUGGACGUGCCCAUCGCCGCGAUUGAGACAUGGCUGGCUUGAAAAUCCCACAAUU